CUCCGGUACGAUAAACAUGAACCAAUCAUAGAAUCAAUGUAUAAAGGCAUCAUGGUCCAGGUAUGAUACAAUCUUUGAUAAACCAAUAGAAAAACAUUUUCCUCAUAUUUUCAAUUUAGAGGCUAAAGCCUGUAACUCCUGGUUAAUUCAAACAAGUAAUUGUCAUAGAAACUGCUCAAUCAACACAUCCUUUGAACCAACCUACUUUAACGCUAUCUUUUUAGAUAAAGAGUUGAGUAGACACAAAUAACAAGAUAUCUGACCUGCAACAGCACAAGGCACUCAUCACUUGAACAAGGCGUUUUGGUCGUCUGGAGAUUAAUUCACCACAUCACACCUCAUAUAUUUGGUCACAACACAAAUACUCAACUGAACACAGAAGAUGACAGACAAACUCAGAAACAACAUGCAUCGUGAAACAAUACUUUUUCUACUGGUUGCGAUCAUAAUGGGAAACAGCCUCAUGACUGCUGCAUUGAACCAGACCAUAAUCACCACAGAUGAGUCUGGCCUAAACAACCCUGAGCCCACCGAGCAAUCAAGCCUACCAGAGAAGCCUGUUCUUCAGCCCAAAGAGACCGUUCCUGUCACUGGAAACUAUGUGCUGAAUGACACCGCAGGCAAGCCAUGCAUCAAGGUUUCCAUGGGAGUGGUGUACAAAGUUAUUGAUAAGAAGAAAGCUUCCUAUUUCAACUUAGACCCUUCCACCACCCUCGCUACAGGUAGAUGUGGUCAAAAAGAGGCAGUUCUUUCCCUGGCUAUUGUAGGAGAGGGAGGCUAUCUGGAUCUCACCUUUGAAAAGGAAGGGAACAUAUCCUAUGUGUCAAAGGUCAGAGCUAAUUUGGCACCAAGCAAAGGAAAUAAAAACUAUCCUGGGGUGAUAGAACAUGAAAAGCUGUUCCCAACUGCCGCUGACCACAGCCUCAAGUGUAACUCCCAGACCGAGUUUCAUCUGGCUGAAAACCUUCGAGUGAAGCUUGGGCCUCUUCAGUUCCAAGCUUUCAAACUCACCAAUGGGAAGUUUGGAGAGGAGGUUGAGUGCUGGGCUGACUUCAACAAGAGGAUCUUCCCAAUCAUUAUUGGUACCACGGUUGUGGGACUCCUCCUGAUUGCUGUCCUGACCUUCCUGAUCAUCUGGAACAGCCGUAGACAAGCUGGCUAUGACAGGAUCUGAGAAGACUUCAUGCAAGCAUAACAUGAAUGCUUUUUAUAGCCAUGUUUUGUAUUUCCUAGAUGCUUUUUAGUAUUUUUAUCCAUGACUCAAUAUUAACCUUUUUAUUGUUGUUUUUUAAUAUUUAAUUAUGUUUGCAAAGAAAUUAGAAAUAAUAUUAUUACAGUAAAAAAAUAUGUAAAUGUGGUUAAUACUUCUAGGAAAGCACUGUGUAAGUUUACAAUCAUAAUCAGCCAAUAUGGUCAGCAAAUUGAAUCAUGAUGCAUGCUAAUUAUAUAUUUUUUGGGGAAAUUAUAUUUUGUUUAAAGAGUGCCCAUAUUCCCUUAUUAAAAGUGUGGCUUUAACCAGCA